CUCUAUCAGUGAUGAUAUCUCAGGCAAGCCGAGCCAGACACAUCCCGGGCAAAGGGGAAAGCCCCUCGACAUGGACCUUUCUUUCCCUCCUCCAUGAUUUCAACAUGAGCUGAAACAAAGAGUGACCAAUAUACUAAUAAGUGCCAUCCCCAACCAAGCAGCCACACACCCAGCUCACAGUCACAGCCUCCUACACCAGCACACACAGCUCCAGCGAGCGAGCCAGCCGCCAGCCAUGAGCAAGGACUGCGGCAACCACGGCGACGACGAGUUCAAGCAGACGUUCCGGCGCCUGCUGGGCGUGCUCCUGGGCCUCGCCCUCCUCGUCGGCCUCAUCGCUCUCAUCGUCUACCUGGUCCUCCGCCCCACGCACCCGCGUUUCAUCCUCCAGGACGCCGCGCUCCGCCAGCUCGACCUCUCCAACGGCUCGGCCCCGCUGCUCUCCACGGCGGUGCAGGUCACCGUCGCCUCCCGCAACCCCAACGCCCGCGUUGGCGUGCACUACGACCGCCUCGACGUCUACGCCUCCUACAAGUACCAGCAGGUCACGCUCGCGUCCGGGCUCCCGCCCGUGUACCAGGGCCACGGCGACGUCGACGUCUGGUCGCCCGUCCUGGCGGGCCCGAACGUGCCGUUCGCGCCGUUCCUCGCCGACGCCAUGAGGAAGGACAUCGCCAACGGGUACCUCAUCAUGGAGGUCAGGAUCGACGGACGCGUCCGGUGGAAGGUCGGCAGCUGGACGUCCGGGCACUACCACAUCUUCGUCACGUGCCCGGCCUACUUCAUCGGCAGCGGCGGGUCCAGCGUCGUCGGGGCGCACGGGCUCAGGUUCCAGACCGCCACCUACUGCCGUGUCGAGGUCUAGCUUCCCGUAACGGCAUGCUCUGCUUCCAUUGCUCCGGCGAGGUAGGCCAGCUUGUUGCGUGUGUGCAUACCGGAAACAGGGGGGGGGGGGGGGGUGGUAAAUUGUAAUAAAGGGUGGUAUAUAAAGGUAAAAAAGUGGAGGUAAUUUAGAGAGUGGUUUAACUAGUCUUGGUUCAUAUAAGUAUGUUUUUUUUGGGGUUGCAUCUUUGUUCAGUUCCUCGUUCAAAAUUGUUCAUAAACCAAAAGAGUGUCAUGGUUUAAAAAAAAUAUCCUUUUUUUUUCUAUUUUGCAACUUGGGCAUUGCCUUAUUCCUUUGCUUUUAGAUAUGCUGUGUCCUUAUUGAAUUGAUGAUAAUUUAGCAUAUCUUCUGUGUGGGGAUUAGAAAAGUUUAGGUAGAUUGCAAGUCGAUUGCAAAUCAAAUACAUGAGUUCAGUUCCAAGCCUCCAAUGGAGAGAUUUUGCUUUGGAAUUACGUUGGUGGCAACAACCCAAACUCCGGCGUCCAUCCAAGUCCGGCCGGGGUUUGGUGAGAGGAGGCAAGUACGGAUUGGGACCUGGGAUCACGGCUUGUGCAGGUAGCUCAUUAGUCCCUCUCUUAGCUUGGAGAUCCAAGGAAACUUCACAAAAGUUAGAGAAGCCUAAAAGUUUGUGUGUGCUGUCUUCUCCAUGUGACCAUGUGGUCAUGUGGAAGACAAACUGUACUUGGAAUGAUUAUGUAUCCAUAUCAUUGGAUUUUCUUUUU